UCCUCGCCGUCGAUCCCGCUCAUUGUCGUUUAGGUUUGUGGGUUAUGGCGGAGGAUCAGGUGCGUCUCCGGAGUGAUUCGGUCGCAGCCAGGCGGAUUGUGGCAUCCUUCCUCGAUUUCUUGCGCUCAGUGGAAGUUGUCGAUGGCGUGGAUUCCGAAGGGCUGGAGGUUGCUGCGCAGUGCUUGACGGAGAUUUUCGACCUGCGCAGCGGCAGUGAGAAAUUAUCGAAGGUCUCGCUUGUUGACGUUAUUACGCAGUCGACACACUCUCAUGAAAAAUCGGACUUGAAGAAAUCGAGUACUCCUGAGCUUGAUUCUCAAAAUGUGUACCGGCAAUUUGUCGAAGGUCUUGAGAGUGCCGGAUUUUUUUCCUCUGGCACCAGCGAGAACCGUGUACCUCAAGCUGAAUCUACAUUCCAAGAGACUUUAAAGGCAUACAAGGGUAAGGAUGAGUCUGAGCUGCUUGCUGAAGCUUUCAAAGCUCAAGGCAACGGAUCAAUGGCCAGUCAUCGUUAUGUUGAGGCUAUUGAACUGUAUACUCUAGCGAUUUCACUAUCCAGCAACAAUGCGAUAUAUUUUGCGAACAGAGCAGCUGCUCACACGCAAGCUGGAAACCAUGGCGCUGCUAUUACGGAUUGCCACAAGGCCAUAGAGAUAAAUCCUCGAUAUAGCAAGGCUUACAGUCGCUUGGGUCUUGUCCAUUACUCUCAAGGACGAUACCUUGACGCAGUUGAGUGGUUCACUAAAGCUUUAGAAGUGGAUCCCUCAAACACGUCUGCAAGUGAUAACCUUCAGAGUGCGAGACAAAAGCUUGUUGAAGCGCUUCGUGGAAGCAGCCAAUAUCAAGAGCCCGGUGCAUGUGUUGUAAAUGUGACUGCACAAUUCGAGACAAGUGAUAGCGAAAACUCGUCGCCAGCAAGAAACUCGGACGCACAGGCGGCCAGUGGCGCCACGGCCGAAGAACAGACACAAGAACAACAUCCACAAGAUCACGAAAGAGAGGCCCGGAGAGACGGCAGCAGUGAGGCCAGGACAAAUCCUCCCGAGUUCCAACCGGACGGUCUCUCGGGCUUGCUACAGUGCGUAAUGCAAGGCAUCCAGCAGGGCGGUGCCGGACUGGAGAACUUGGUUCCAGAAGUUGCAAACAUGGUCCGAGGAUUUCCAGCCGAGAACUUUGCGUCAGGGGCCACUGCUACGUUCGAUUUCGCUGAGACGCUCCAGUCGGCGAUCCAAAACCUGGGAAUCCCAGCGAGUCAGGCCCAGCGGAAUCAAAAUUCUUCGCAGCAACAGCAGCAGCAAAAUCAAAACCAAAGUUCGCAGGAGUGAAGAAAGUUUUCCGCCAUUCGUGCUCGUUUUGUAGGCAAGGCCUUAAGAGAAGAAUUAAGCGGUAUAUUUAGAGGUUUGUGCUGCCAUGCACAAGAAGGAAA